AGUAACGGAAAUUCGAAUGCGUUUGUGUGUUUGUAAAAAAUAAAAGUGACAAUUUCGAGUGAUUGACGUUUUGUUUAGCAAAAAAUGCAGUAAGUGUUGGGUUAAUUUGAAUAAAGUGAAUGGUAUCCGUGUAAAAUGGUAAAAAGCAAGAAAGAAUUGGUGACUCCUCUGAAAAGGAGGGGGCCCUUAAGUAUUACUAGGCCUAAAACAGCGAGAACAGUUCCUGUCGGGGCUGCUACAGGGGCCAAUAUAAAAGUAGUGGUACGAGUGAGGCCCUUAAAUGAUAGGGAACAUGGAGAAAAUUGCAAGAAUGUUAUUAAAAUCGUUGAUGAGCAAAUGAUGAUUUUUGACCCAAAAGAAGAAUCUCAGCCAUUUUUUUACCAUGGUGUUCAACAAAGGGGCAGAGAUUUAAUGAGAAAAUCCAAUAAGGAUUUAAAAUUUAUGUUUGACAGAGUUUUUAGCCCCGAUUUACCCAAUGAUUACAUAUUCCUUAACACCACUCAAUCACUUAUAAAUUCCCUUAUGGAUGGUUUUAAUUGCUCAGUUUUUGCAUAUGGGGCAACAGGGGCUGGUAAAACCUUUACAAUGAUUGGCAAUAGUGAAAGUCCUGGAAUAACUUAUUUGACAAUGGCUGAAUUAUUUAAAAAGAAGGAGGAGUUAAAUGCUGAAAGGGAGUUUGAGUUGGGAAUCACAUAUUUGGAAGUUUACAAUGAAAACGUGCAAGACUUGUUAAACCCAGGCCCAGCUUUACAUUUGAGGGAGGACGGUAAAUACGGGGUGAUGGUGGCUGGGAUUAAAGUGCACAGAAUUGAGAGCCCAGAUGAGUUGUUCUUGUUGCUGGAAUCAGGGAAUAAAAAUAGGACUCAACAUCCUACGGAUGCAAAUGCAGAAAGCUCCAGAUCCCAUGCAGUUUUCCAGGUUUAUCUGCAAAUGACAACAAGGUGCACGCGCGAGGUUCGCACCGCCAAGCUGAGCAUGAUCGACUUGGCCGGAAGCGAGAGGGGAUCUGCGACCGGAUGCGUGGGGGCCCGUUUCGCAGAGGGCGCCAACAUCAACAAAUCCCUGCUGGCCCUGGGGAAUUGCAUUAAUAGUUUGGCCGACGGCCACAGACAUAUCCCGUACAGGGAUUCGAAGCUGACGAGGCUCCUAAAAGACAGCUUAGGAGGCAAUUGCAGGACUGUGAUGAUAGCUAAUGUAUCUCCAGCAUCUUUGACAUACGAAGAUACCUACAAUACUCUAAAAUACGCAACACGAGCCAAAAAGAUUAAGUCGAACAUAAAACGUAAUGUUGUCAACGUGGAAAUGCACGUGGGACAAUACGUUAAAAUUGUCGAGGAAUUAAAAGAAGAAAACCGCCUGUUAAAGAUUAAAUUACAGGAAAAAGAAAAUGAAACCAAAAUUACAGGGCAGAGCGAAGACCCAGGCUUGGCGCAAGAUUUAGUCGACAAACUUUUGGAAUUGUUCAAAGAAAAACGGAUUAUAAUGGAGAGGCAGCAUCAAAUUGAAAAUUUGAACUUGGGACUCAACCUCAGGCAGCAGAUAAAGGAAAAGGCGAAUUCCCGGGUGAGCGACCACUGCACAAACACGCCGGAAAAAGUGGAGGCGCACCGUAGAUUAGACAACGCCGUGGGGAGGUUCAAGAACAAAAGCGAAGAGCUCAAGGACGAACUGGUCGCCGUGCAAAAACAAAGGCUCGACAUUGACUGCUUGAUAAGCAAAUCGCUGGAUGAGCAUGCAGAGCUGAAAAAAAUUGCCGAACUGGAAAUUAUGAAAUUGAGCGAAAAAGAAGCCGAACACAAGUGCAAUUUGGCAGAAAAACGAGUGGAAAUAUUGGAGGACGACCUGAAAAGUCAACAGACGACAAUAGAAAAAAUGUCCACCCUCCUGAGACCGCUCUACGUGAGCGUGAAAGCGCACGGCUACUUGUCGCAGAACCAGAUCAGAGAGUACCAGUCGAUCGCGAAACAGCUGGAGGGCGUGAAGAGCAUAAAGUGGACGGAAACGGUCGUCGACUCGGGCGUGGGCUCCGCCACGAGCCUGAGCACCGAGACCGACAGCGAGUGCUCGGCAACGUCGCAAACCUACAGGUCCCCCGGCCCGGCGAACCCUCUGAACGACACCUUCACCCUGCAGAUGAAGCCGAAGACCGCGAACGUCGUCGCCAAAGCGAUAAAACAAGGACCGAAACGCUUGGGGAAGGAUUUCGCCAAGGAGAACAGACUGCGCCGACCUCUGACAGGGAUUUCUGGGGGUUCGUCACAAAGAGUUGACUUCACUAUGGCAAGACAAAGUGGCAAACCACCUUUUAGAUGAAGCUAAAGGUAGUCAUCAAGCCAUCAGAUCUAACACAUAUUAUACAUAUAUUUAUAGAAGCUUAUAGCAAUACAUUUUUAUUUGGCUUUACCUUAUUUAUAUUUCUUGUACAUACACAUAGUAAGUUUAACAAUAAAGAUGUUGUAUUUUUUAAAAUUUGAGAUGUUUAAUAUUAAGAGUUUUGUAUAAAUGCGUUUACCAGAGUAUUGUUAAUGACUGAAUAAUAUAGUUUAAGAGAUAUUCUAAUUUAAAAUAAAAUAUAAAAUACUUUGCCUUGUAAUUGGUU